AUGCAUUGCAGAUACUGGACAACGACCGGAAAUGGCCAGAUGGUGACCGACGUUCCGCGAGACAACAAGGCGGCGAUCAUGGACAGCAUAGCUUCGUCGUACGCGUUGCAGAGGCAAAGAAUCGCCUCUGGCGCGACAGCCGCGCCAAAAAUCUCGAAACUCGAGGGGAAAAUCGGCUGGCCUUACUACCAAAAGUACAAACAAACGGCGGAGGCGCAGAAGGCUCAAAUCUUCGAGGACAUCCAGAGGAAAAUGGCGAACGCGACCGGAAGCGGGAGCAGGAACGGCGUCCUCGGCCGUUCGUGGAACUCCACCGACAUCACGACCCAACGUCAGCACAGGCUCAGAAUGAAACAUCAUCGACUAACGUCCAAAGGGAAGCGCUUGAGAACGCGUCCUCCGAGGGAUUGCAAGGUCGGAGAAUGGGGCCCAUGGAGCGCGUGUAGUCGUAGCUGCGGCGUAGGGGAGACGCAGAGGACGCGGAAGAUCACGAUAAAGCCACGCCGUGGCGGGUCAUCGUGUCCGCCUCUGAAAGAGACCAAGUGGUGCGGCAGCGCGAGCCCCUGCUCCGACGGCAAAUCCAUCCUGGACAGCUAUCAAUGGUAG